AUGGAAACUCAUAGUCAGUUUCCACAAAAAGUUAACGUUUGGGCUGGCCUUGUCGGUAACCGUAUCUUGGGUCCAUUUUUCAUUGAAGGCGCAUUAACAGGUGAAAAAUAUUUUAAAUUUUUAAGAGACGAUUUAAUUCCUGCACCUGCGGUGCUUUACCCUAAUGACGUAGAUCCCGAUCUGCCCAAUAACACGAUAUGGUAUCAACAAGACGGUGCAACUCCUCAUUUUGCAGUGAUCGUCCGCGACUAUUUAAACCAAAUAUUUGCUAACCGUUGGAUUGGUCCAAGAGGAACUAUCGAAUGGCCCCCUAGAUCUCCGGAUCUCACUCCCCUAGACUACUUUUUAUGGGGCUAUUUAAAGAGCAAAGUCUACUUCAAUAGACCAAAUACCAUUGAAGAAUUAAAGGACAGAAUUCGCAAUGAAAUUCGAGCCAUUCAACCAGAUAUUCUUCAUAAGGUUCUGCAGGAGUUUCAGUGGCGAAUGGGAUAUUGCCAAGAAGUGAAUGGAGGUCACUUUGAAAAUUUCCUCUGA